AUGUCCCUUGAGUGCCAUGAGCAGUGCUGUCAGAAGCUGGAGCAUCUUCUUGUCGUUCCCGUCCAGAGCUUUCCAACUUCACCUCCAGGCCAGGCUGAUUCCAAGCCAGCGGUGGCAGCUGCAGGAUGUGGCGAGAGACCCAUUUUCGAGGACAGGACGCAGUAUUCCAGAAUCGUAGGGGGGCUGGAGGCUGAGGUGGGUGAGUUUCCGUGGCAGGUGAGCAUCCAGGUAACAAAUCAACAUAUCUGUGGUGGCACGAUCCUCAGCUCCUGGUGGAUCCUCACUGCCGCUCACUGCGUAAUUGGCGAGAUACCCACCGAGGAACUGAGUGUCGUGCUGGGGAGCAACGACUUGACCAGCCCCCACCUGGAAGUAAAGGAGGUCAGCAGCAUCGUCUAUCACAGAGCCUUUAAAAGGGAGAGCAUGGACAACGACAUAGCCCUGCUGAUGCUGACCUCGCCCAUCAAGUUCAGUCCCCUGAAAGUGCCCAUCUGCAUGCCCACAGAGCCCAUGCCUUCCAAAUGGCACAAGUGCUGGGUGGCAGGAUGGGGACAGACCACUUCAGCUGACAAAGAAUCUAUGAAAACCGAUCUGCUGAAAGUGCCAAUGGUCAUCAUAGACUGGAAAGAAUGCUCAAGAACGUUUACAAAGCUCACCCAAAAUAUGCUGUGCGCAGGAUUCAUGAACGAGAGCUACGACGCCUGCCAGGGCGACAGUGGGGGGCCCCUCGUCUGCACCACUGAGGCUAGCAAGAAGUGGUACCAGGUGGGCAUCAUCAGCUGGGGCAGGAGCUGUGGGCAGAAGAACACCCCAGGAAUAUACACCUCGCUGAUCAAUUACCAACGCUGGAUCGAGAACAUGACCCAGCUGGAGGGCAGGCCCUACGAUGCAGAGCAAAUGAGGUCAUAUUCCCAACACAAAUCCAAGGACUCCAGCGCCUCGGGCUGCCCCGCACUAGGCAGCCCCCGGGGCGGCCUCCUGCGCUGGCUUCUGUCCUGCCUGCUGCUCAGGGCCAUUUUCCACUGGUAAUAAAGU